AUGAAGAGGCCUCUGAGUCCAACCCAGUUGCUGCAGAAAGGCAGUGGCGGUGGCGUGUGCUUGCCCUUCAACCUGUGUGGCGAGCUGCUACAGGAGCCCGAAGAAGGACACCCAGAUGGCCCUCAGCAGAAGAAAAGGCUGCUCUACUCCCUCUGCGAGGUGUGCAACCUCCAGCUCAACUCAGCCGCCCAGGCCCAGGUCCACUACAAUGGCCGUUCCCACCUGCGCAGGGUCAAGCAGCUCAACAAUGGAGAGCUCCCCCCGAGCACAGGCAGCGGCACCAGUCCAGCACCGGCCGGCACUCUCACCUGCUCCAGCACAGGAAGUGCCUUCAAUAGCAGCUGUCUCCCGGCGUUGGUGCGGACCCCUCCUGUUAUGAUGCAGUCCACUCUGGAUAUGAAGUCCUUCAUGUCCUUCCCGGUGGAAACCACAUCAGCAGUGGGACUCUUCCCCAACUUCAACACAAUGGACCCUGUGCAGAAGGCCGUAAUUAAUCACACAUUUGGAGUCUCCAUCGCGCCGAAGAGAAAGCAAGUUAUUUCCUGCAACAUCUGCCAACUGCGCUUCAACUCAGAUAGCCAAGCCGAUGCGCACUACAAAGGCAGCAAACAUGCCAAGAAGCUCAAAGCGCAGGAGACCCCUAAACAUAAGACCCUGAAAAACUACAGCACACCCAGCCAGGACAGAGGAAAGAGAUUCAUAUCCUCCACCACCUCCUCUUCCUCCUCCAGUAUCGCUCUCACUGCCUGCAGCUCUGAACAACCAGAAAAAGCCCAAUCCCCCAUGGCGUCUUCAAAAUCGUUUUUCCCCGCUUCUGGCCUGGCAUUGGCGCCCUCAUCUAUCCUGUGUAAACCUCUGUGUGAGCCCACACCUGCCAGUCCGGCCCCAGAGAUGCCAAAGCCCACACUCACUAAACCAACCCCGGUGCCUGCUGUGCCUGCUGCCCCCGCCCCAUGCAAGCACUCCGACGAAUCAGAGGAGGAGAAGGCCAAGAAGCUUCUCUACUGUUCGUUAUGCAAAGUAGCCGUCAACUCCCUCUCCCAGCUUGAGGCUCACAACACAGGUUCCAAGCACAAAACGAUGCUGGAUGCGAGGGAUGGAGCAGGGCCCAUCAAAGCCUAUCCCAGGCCAGGGGCUAAGCUCAAGGUCCAGGCCACCAUCACCAAAGGCUCAGGCCUGCAGAACAAGACGUUCCACUGCGAAAUCUGUGAUGUCCACGUCAACUCAGAGAUCCAGCUCAAACAGCACAUUUCCAGUCGGAGGCACAAAGACCGAGUGGCCGGGAAACCCUUGAAGCCCAAAUACAGUCCUUACAGCAAGCAGCAACACAGCACCGCCACCACCACACUAGAAGCUAAACUCGCAUUCCAGAAGGACCUUGUGAAGCCCCUGUCUCAGGCUUUCCUCUCCAGCCCGUUCAUCCCCACCACAAUACCCUCCAUCUCCCUCCACCCGCGGCCCAACACCUCCAUCUUCCAGAAAGUCGCCCUCCCGCCCUCUUUCCUGCGAGCGGCUCCUGGCCCUAUCCGGCCAACAGGAGGGUCCAUCCUCUUCGCCCCAUAUUGA